AUGGUCGACAUCACCGGCGCUCAAUCCCUUACGACCCCUCUCAAUGCCUAUCAUGAGACUAUGGCUUCUCAUAAUGCUAUUGUCGGCGAGAGCGGUAACCUCGAUGCCGUUUACGAGUCGGUCCGUACAUGCGAAGACUCCUCCUCGAUUCACACCCAAGAGUCGUCGAGCGACGAGACCUCCGAGCUCCGGCAAAUCGCCACCCAACUCCCCUUCAUCAAGGAGCUCGGAGACCCCAUUUGUCUCGACUGGCUGAUCCCCCUCAUCGACUACUCCCCCAUCUCUUCCGGCCGUUCCCGCCUCCCUGCUCUCGUCUCUCCCUCUUCGUGCGAGUACUCGGACGACGACGAACCGCCUUUCUCUCCCACCGACAUCUCUGGAGACUCGCCCAGGACUAUGGACACUACACGCCGUUUUCGCACGCGACCAUCUCUGAAAAAGCUGUUUGUGAAGAAGGAUAGGUCUACCAGAAAGACCCCAGGGAACAAGAUGGGCCCUGCUCAGGCGAUGACUUACAAGGGCCACAAGAGGCAGAAACCCUCCAUCCCCGGUGCCAUCUCUUUCCUCGCCCCGAAAGACGCCACCGCUUCAGCUUCCAGCCCGACAAAGCCAUUAUCUGGAGCUGUGGGUGCUAUGUGGGAGAUUCCGCCUCUACCUGCACUUCCGCCUUUUGCUAUGCCCAAGACGCAUUUCGAGCGGGCGCUGGAGGAGGUCAAUAGAGACCGGUCGCAGGUGACGGAGACCGGCUUGGAGGGGGUAAAGCUGGUGAAAGCGCCGGAGGAUUCAUCUGGUGUUAUUCAGGACAAGGUAACUGAGAAGAAGGGCGGGGGCGGAAAGAAGGUAGGAGUGUGA